CCAGACCGAGCACACCGCGCAGGCACCGCUCGCCGUGCUCCAUGACCGUGCGGAAAUGCGGCCGGCGGCGGCACCUCUGGUCUCAGCUGUGCCACCAGGCCCCGGGGACACCGAGGCUGGCAGCGUCCCCACGGCUCCGAGCAGGGGAGCGACUCGGCCUCCCCACAGGGAUUUCCCACAUCCAUCCGUGGCAUGUCCCAGCCCGGCCACCCCCUGCCCACCGCUGCCUUCGUGUCGGGGGCGGGUGUCCCCCGGGGGUGUCCCCGGGCUGCCACUGCCUGUCCCCCGCAGACAUCAUGGCUGACAAGGAGGGGGUGACGCUAUCGCUGGAGGAGGAGGAGGAGGAUGCCGACGUGGCCCUGGCGUACAAGACGCCGGAGAAGAAGAGCCUGCGGGAGAUCCAGGAGCUGGACCCAGGGGAUGAGAGCCUGCGGAAGUAUAAGCAGGCACUGCUGGGUGCCAUCCCGGCUGCCGUGGAUGCCAGCGUGCCCAACGUGCAGGUGACAAGGCUGACGCUGAUGUGCGAGCAGGCACCGGGGCCCAUCACCAUGGACCUGACAGGAGACCUGGAGGAGCUGCGGGGCCGGGCCUUUGUGCUGAAGGAAGGGGUGGACUACAGGGUGAAGGUGUCCUUCAAGGUGAACAGGGAGAUCGUCUGCGGGCUGCGCUGCCUGCACCUCACCUACCGCCGGGGCCGGCCCGUGGAUCGCGACGUGUUCAUGGUGGGCAGCUACGCGCCGCGGGCCGAGGAGUACGAGGUGGUGACGCCGGCGGAGGAGGCGCCGCGGGGAUGGCUGGCACGGGGCUCCUACCGCGUCCGCUCGCUCGUCACCGACGACGACAAGACGGAGCACCUCUCCUGGGAGUGGGGGCUCUGCAUAAAGAAGGCCUGGGAGGACUGACCCCCCACCCGCACCCCGGCUCCCCCCGCCAGCUCGGGGACGCGGUGCCGCCAUCCCGGGGGACCCUCGCCGGCCCCGCCGCGCUUGCCCCAGUCGCGUCAAGGGUUGAGGGGGGUCCCUUAGCGAGUGAGAGCCCGUGAUCGUGGUCUUCGCAACCAAAGUUAUUUUUAAUUGCUCUUUUUUUUUAAAUAUCGACGCCCGCCUGGUCCUCUCGGCGUCCCCAUCGCUGCGGCCGGGGCUGUGACCCUGCCGUGGUGGUGCCGUGUCCGGUACCCGCCCGGUCGCAGGCUGUGCUCUUCCAUCGCCAUUAAACCCUACAGACUGGUCUCUUA